AUGUGUCGAGUGGAGGGUUCUGCUUCUGAGGCAGAAGCAAUAGAUAGAGACGAGAUCCCCGGUGAUGUGGAUAAAGAGAGUGAUGUGUUUGAGAUUCAUGUAGUAGAAGAUGAGAAAUUGAUAACAAAGGGAGAUGAGAUCAAAAUGUUGAAAGCUAGACUCUAUGAUAUGGAGAAAGAACAUGAAUCACUAGGCAAAGAAAACGUGAGCUUAAAGAAACAGUUAAGUGAGAUGUUUAACGUGAAAGCUAAUGAAGAUGAGAUGGCUCUAGAGGUGAGUCGGAUUGGAGAAGAGUUGGAAAAAAGCAGAGCAAAGACCGCUCACUUAAAAUAG